AUGCGGUGUUGUGAGCUGGGACCGAAUACCGGGGCUGAUCAACCAGAGCGCACCGAGCCUCCGUCCGAGACCAGCGAAAGUGAUGAGGUCGCAGCAGCAGUAGCAGCAGCAGCAGCAGCAGCUGGGGAUCUCGCCGACCGUCUAACGCGCAGCGUAGACGAACAGAGUCGAUCCGCCGGGUGCGCGGCUAGCGGCGCCCAGGACAAGCCGCAGACAUUGUGCUCGGUGCAAGACGUCACCGCGUCCACUGCACAACGUUUUGACGUGCGCCAAAGCAAGGAGUGCGGCGAAGCUGUCCAGAACUUCAGCGAGCUUGGCGUGGGGAAGCAGCAAGAGCACGCUGAUCCACGAACGGUCUGGCUUCCAGGGUCACCUGAGCCGACCGCGUUUCCCCAAGUCCGACUGGUUGGCAACUGGGACCUACCGAUGGUGCCCAUGAACGAAGAACCCAGCGAAUACACAUCCUCUGUCAGGGAAGGCGCUGUGCCUGACCUGUGUGAAGAGGGUUCGGUUACACGUGCGUCCAGAAUAGGAGCUUGCGUGGUGCAAGCCGCGAGCCAUUCCCGAGAAGCAGUCGCAGGCGACGCGCAGUCUACCGAUGACCAGGAGAGCGAGAUGCACACCGCAAGCGCGUCGACGACGACUGCUAGCUCGUUGAAGCAGUGCACAGCAGACGGGAAAAGCGGCGAAUCCACCCAGAGGCUGCAUACAGACUCGAGAGCGUCCUCUGGCAUCGCGUUUGUGCCCUACAAAAGUGAAGAAGAGGUACUGGCGGAUUUAGAACUCGAGGAUUCGAUGGACGAUCAUACCUACACACUGCUUGAUCUUAGAAAAUCCUUGCCAGAGCAGAUGCAGCGCCGGUCCUACGCUUGCCCAACGGUGCGAGACGGCAGCAGGUCAGAUCGUCACCUGGAUAGGCGGGCAUUCCGUGGCGAAAACGAAGAAGAACACGACGACGAUAGCUCCAGCGGACCAGAUCGGGAUGUCUGGACGCCACCGGCUACGCCUUUGGAUAGCGAGAUGCCGCUCAUCGUGUGUCCACCGGAGCCCGUCUGGCCAUGCGAGGAAGAUCUGCGGGAUCUCACACCCGCUGAACUUGCACGCUCUACGGAUGUAUUCAUGCAGGUUGCGGAGGAGCUGCAUUUCCACUGGCGUGUGCUCAAGCUCGGUACCGAUCCGGUAACGCCAACCCCUCUGCUUGAGCGUCUUAAGUUUCUCUGUAUCGUAUCGAGCAACCUCGAUGAGUACUUUUCCAAAAACAUGUACGAUGUGUCAAAAACAAUGCGCCCACUCUACGAACGGAUUUCAGCUGCGAUACGCGACAUCACUGCUCAGCAGGAGUCCUGUUUCACGGACGUUAUUCUACCAGCGCUCGCUCGAUAUGAUAUGCGCAUUCUACGUUACGCAGAUCUCAGUAUGACGCAGCGAGCGCAGAUGAACGCGUUCUUCCAUGCUCGUCUGUUUCCACUGCUUACCCCGCUGACCCUGGAUCCGACGCAUCCGUUUCCGCUUCUGCGCAGUCACUCGCUGUACCUGGCGGUGCUGCUGAAAGGCGCUCAGCUGAUGCCGCCUUCGGAACACGACGCCCACGACGGCGACGAAAGUCCGAUUCCGGCGCUGAGUCCACCGAACGCCUCCCUGGACCGCUCGAUAGCCACUGCGCUGCCCUCUGAUACCCACGUCGCCUGGGUCCGAGUCCCGUCGUCGUGUAGUCGCUUCAUUACCGUGGACAAUGAGAAGCGUUUUUUGCCGGUCGAGGAGAUUAUCAUCCAGAACUUGGAUGCGCUUUUCGAAAACGUGCGCGUCAUUGCAGCGUACCCGUUCCGCGUGACCCGUAAUACCAAACUUGAACUGGACAAGAUCGAACUCAACGAAAGUGAGGAUUUUUUGAAAAUUGUCGAAGAGAACCUAUAUAGUCGACAGCGACGAGCCGCAGUGCGGCUGGAGGUUUCGCGCGAUAUGCCCGACGUGCUGACAACGCUGUUGCGCGAGCAACUGAACCUGGAACCCUUGGCUAUGUAUCGCUCAAGGGCUCCGAUUAUUGGCCUCAACGACUGUUUCAUGCUGACGAACGUCAACAUCCCUGCUUUGCGAUACCCCCCGUGGCGUUUCAAGACGCACUCUAUUCUGGCCGGCUACAAAUACGGCGUCCAGAGCGGGCACACGGCCCAUAUGUUUGAGCUCAUUCGACACAACGACGUGCUGUUCUCGUUUCCGAUUCAUUCUUUUGAUGAGACCACUCUGCGUUUCCUCGAAAGCGCAGUUCGGGACCCCGCAGUGCGCCUGAUGAAAAUGGUGCUGUAUCGAUGUGGGAACAAUUCACCUGUCGUGAAGCUGCUCAUGGAGGCGGCUCGGCGUGGCAUUGAUGUCAAUGUGCUGGUUGAACUCAAAGCUUCCUUUGAUGAGGAUCAGAAUGUCCUCUACGCUCGCAUGCUCCAAGAGGCGGGCUGUAACGUCGCGUACGGGGUCAAGGGCUACAAGACCCACGCGAAACUUAUUCUCGUGGUUCGCGAGGAGAAUCAUGCCCUGGUCUCGUAUUGUAACGUCGCCACUGGCAACUACAAUGCAACGACGGCGAAAAUCUAUACGGAUUUUUCGCUGUUCACCAGUCGGGAGGAUAUCUGCGCCGAUGUCACCGAUUUGUUCAAUGUGUUUACGGGGUAUAGUGCGAAGCGAUCGUUUCGCAAACUCCUCGUUUCACCGGUGAACAUGCGCGAUCGUUUCCUCGAACUCAUUCAGCGCGAGAUAGAUAACGCUCGUGCGGGCUACCCGGCGAGAAUCAUCUGCCAGUGCAACGGUAUCACUGAGGUGCUUAUCACCCAGCGACUCUACGAGGCGAGCAUGGCCGGCGUUCGUGUCGACCUCAUCGUACGCGGUAUCUGCCGUGUUCGACCCGGCAUCACCGGCAUCAGCGAGAAUAUUCGCGUGGUGAGCAUCCUCGGGCGUUUUUUGCUUCACGCUCGAGUGUUUUAUUUUGCGAACGCCCGUGAGGCUAAACCCGAGUACUAUAUCGGGUCUGCGGACUGGCGUACACGAAAUUUGCUCGCUCGUCUGGAGGCUGUCGCCCCGGUUGAAGACAAGUACCUGCAGCAGACACUCUGGCGACACCUGAAUCGGCUGUUGAGUGAUUCUGUGAACGGUUGGGAGAUGCUCCCCGACGGUCGCUACGUGAAAGGCGAAAGCGAAGCGCUCGGGCAUCUCCGAGAUGCGAUCAUGGCUGCGCGUCGGGAGGCCGAAGCCGAGGCCCUCAAACCGCCAGCACAAGCACCGGUGUCGGCGGACGAGGUGACACCGGGCUCGUCGGAGGCCGAACACUUGCCCGUCGUGCGUAAAGCUGGUUGUGUUCCGGUUCGGUUGAACCGGCGACACAACACGCGUCGAGACGAUAUUGGCACGCGGUACGAGGUGCUUCUGAUCACCUCUACCUCGUCGUCGUUUAUUGCGCGGCAUCCGAAUGAUUCGCGCGUCUCGGAAAUACCGGACGGUGGCAUCACGUGGGUCUUCCCCAAAGGCAGCAUGGCGUACGGUGAAGAUGGCCGCAGUGCUGCGCUGCGCGAGGCCCUCGAGGAGGCCGGAGUCAGCGGCGAACUCGGGCCGCUCCUCAGUGUCAGCACGAAACGCAAACGGAGAACGGUGGUCAUGACCGAGUUUUAUUUGCUGCAUGUGAAACAGCAGCUGUCCCAAUGGGGCGAAAGCAGCCAGCGACACCGGCGCUGGUUUACACUAGACGAGGCAGCGAAUGUGAUCACCAAAGAGUAUCUCUUGGAAGCGCUGAUGAAGGCUCGUCAAGCGCUCGGCGAAACGCCUACCAGCCAACCGACAUCGCCACCAGCACCACCAGCACCACCACCAGCAGCAGCAGCAGCAGCAGCAUUCGAAUCGACUACCAAUGGCGGAAAAAAGCACUGA